AUGUUCGGCGCCGGCACGGUAACCAUCAAAAACUACACCAUCGUCAACGCGGGCAAACUCUACCGCUCCUGCGGCGACUGCACCGACAACUCCAAAAAGUCGCCCCGCAAGGUCAUCGUCGAGAACGUGCGCGCUUUCGGGCUUACCUCCGAUCUCAUUGGUAUCAACUCCAACUUCGGUGACACAGCCUCCAUCAGUGGGUCGUGCGGAACGACAAAGAAGGUGUGCCAGGAGUACAAGGGUGUUAACAAGGGCAAUGGGAGUAGCAGCAAGGUUAGCUCGACGAGCGCUUGCACGGGUGCUCAGGGGAAGUUGGAGAAGCUGCCGAGCUGUUAG